UCCACCACUGAUCAAGAUGGCGGCCACACCGUCGUGAACACGAGACGCAUCGAGUCUUGAUCGUGGAAUAAGGAAGGCUUACCCACGCCACAAAUCCAUGUUUCUUUGUAAACAACGACGCACAUCACUUGGCCCCGAGUAGUGAUUGUCAAUAGAUUCAUUUAUUUGACCGUGUAACUCGGCGCCUACGUGAUUGUUGUUGGUUUUACAGUGUUUUGAUUCCAAGACACACGUUAAUUAUCAAUGUGCCUCAUUGCUUCACACUACUUUAUACUGAAUCAAAAUGACUUCUGAGUAUACAAGGUCGGUUCUAAAAGUGGUGGUGGCACAGAUUGCUCAGAACGUAGGAUGGCAUUCUACACUUUCGACGCCACUGGAAUUUUUAGUUGAUCUUCUGCAAGAGUAUAUGUAUCAAGUCUCUAAAGUUACUUCUCAAUAUGCCACAGCUUUGGGUAGAAACGAGGUAAACCUAGAUGAUUUGGGUUUAGCAUUUCAGCAAUUGAAUGUUGAUGUAGGUGAAUUAGAGGAAUAUGUAAAAAAUAUCAAAUCAGUACCAUGUGCCAUUUCUGUACCAAAAUUGCCUGUGGCAAGAGAAAAUCAUUUGAAUUUCUUAAAACCUGGAAGUCGAGAGGUAGUUACUCGACCUAGACAUGUUCAUGAACAUUUACCUGCAAUGUAUCCACAAGAUGAAGAAGAAUAUGAACAAGAAAACAAAGAAUUGGAUGCUGAAAAAAUGUCUAAUGCAAGUGAAUCUGUUGAUCUGUCAGAAGAUGAUGGUGCAGAGAAUAACACUUCAAUUACUAAAAAUGGAACAGCAAGUGAUGAUAGUUUGAACAAAGCAUCACCACAAGGUAUUUUCAAGAGACCAGGCGAUCCAAGCAUUUUAGAGAGUCCUUCAUCUAAACGUAUUAAAAAAAGUGGAGAUGGAGGAAGACCAUUACGAGAAAUUCGAAGUGUAAUGAUGACCACGUCUGGAUUCCUUUCUACUGCACGGGAAGGUAAACUCCCUGAAUCUAGAACACCACACCAAGAGCAAGUUGAAGAACCUGUUGAAGGUGAUGAAGUUGAUGAACCAUGUGAAGAUGAUCCUCCCAUUGUAGCUGCACCGGAAAUCAAGGUGGAAAAAAAACUCAAGAGAAUCCCUAAAAAAUUAUCUGAACAGUUGGAAAAUGUUAAACCGGAAAUUAAAGAUACAAAAAAGAAAAGAAUACCUAAAGAGAGUACAUUAUUCAAACCAAAACUCCAUGCUGAUGAAGUUUCUGAUUCAAAGGUUUCUACAAAAGAUUUUAUCAAACCUAAAGCAAUAAAAUCGAAUGCAAGAGCAGCUCCUGUAGUUCCUGGCUGUUCCAAUGCAGGUAUAGAUCUCAGUGAAAGUGCAAGAAAUCUCAAAAAUUUCAUGCAAGCCAAUUUUAUCAAAACAGAUAAGAAUUUUGAUGAAGAAAUUAAUAAAUCGAAUAAAUUCGAUUCAUUAAAUGGUUGCAAAGACGAAGUUGUUGAUAAAUUGCCUAUUAAACCUAACAAACAGAAACUUAAUAUUCUUAAGAAAAUUUCGAAACCUAAAGAGGAACGAGAUGUAAGCCCAUCCUUUGUAAGGCCAAAAGUUGAGCCAAGAUCCAGAGAUUCAUCGCCUCUUUCAACAGUAUCUAGUAUUAAAGAAGAGGAUCGUAAAGGAUCUCUUUUAAACAAUAGUAUGCUUCACGACAAUGUUCCAUCAAAAACAGGUAGUGAAACGGAUUCAGAUGGUUGCGUACAUGAAAAUCCAUCACUACCUAGCCCUCCAAGUACACCGAAAUCUUCUGAUUUGAGUGUUUCUAAUACUUCAACGCCAAUACUCAAUCACAAUACACCAUCAAAUAAAAGGAAAAAGAAAGAAAAAAGUGAGAAAAAGAAGAAGAUACCAAAGAUUAAAACCGCUCUUAAUUCUAAGAAGAUGCGCGUGUCUACAGAUUUUAUGGGUAACCCCGAUCUACUGGAUCGCCCAAAAACCCCUCAAGUAUCGGAUGUGUCCUCAGCAGUAUCAAAUGCAGCCAUAAUUGCAGCUGCAGCGAAAGGAGCAAUACCUCCUACAAUGCCUUUCCCAUUUUUCCAACCGACAGCGCCUGGAUUGAUUCCUCAACCUGUAUUUCCCUUAAUGAUGGGACCACCUAAUACAGCAGCAAUGCCGGGUAUGCUGAACAAUAUGAGACCUCGUUUCUUCAGGCCACCUCUCCAGCAUAAUACUCCUUUAAUGCAUCAAGAGCCAGGAGUAUCAUCAAUACGAAUAAGUAAUUCUGGCGAUCGAAUGGAAACCAAAGCACCAUUUUCGACGUCUCAUACACCACAAACUCCAAUUCCUUCAAUUAACAAUUCAGCUACAGUACCUGCACCUCUCGUUCCGGCGUCCUCUGUAUUAAUUUCUCCCAAUGUACCAGCACCACUAUUGCCUCCGGAUCUAUCGACACCUGGGUCAUCAAAAUCUUUGAAGCUUGAUAAAAUGGAAAAGAAAUCGAAAGAACACAAAAAAGAAAAGAAAGAUAAGAUGAAAAAGAAGAAAGAGAAAAAAGAGAAACAUAAAGACAAAGGCGAAAAAGAAAAGGUAAAGAAAGAUAAAAGCGAUAAGAGAGAUAAAUUGGAAAAAAUUAAGGAAAAGAAAGAAAAGAAGGAGAAGAAAAAAGAGAAGGAAGCAUUGAAAAAACUCAGAGAAGAUAAAAUGUCUGAAGGUGUUCCCAAAAUUACGCUCAAAUUGGGACCAGCUGGAGGUUCUCCUCGACCUCCCACACCUGAUAGUGCCUUAACUAAAAAAAUAACGAUAAAACCUCCGAAAAAGCCCGAAGAAGAAGUUAAAAAUGAACCAGCUCCUGAGCUUGCAAGGAUAUCGGCUCUAGUGACAAGACCACCUAAACAGAAGUCAAGUAAGAGAAUGGAGGAUGAAAUAACGUAUACUGGUUUGGCAGACGCUUGUUUUUCUAGUACAAACCACACUCCCAUGACCCACAUGAAAAAACCCAUAUUCAAAGCAUUACCUGUACGAGAGCCCUCACCUUCUAAAUCCUUUCCUACUUUCAAUACAUCUUACAGUAAUUCUUCUUAUGAGACACAAAAGAAUACGGAAUUCCGUUAUACAGAUCAGACUACAGGUCUAACAGUUUGGAUUUGCCCUGGUUGCAAAAAGCAGGACGAUGGUUCGCCUAUGAUUGGGUGCGAUGACUGUGAUGCUUGGUAUCAUUGGACUUGCGUGAAUAUUCAAAUAGCUCCGGCAGAGAAUGAAAAUUGGUACUGUAAACCCUGUAUAGUUAAAAAGCAAGCCACCUACAACGACAAAAAGAAGAAAAAAAGAAAGAAGAAAAAAUUGGAUGAUUAGUAUAAAGCGACUGAGCCUAAGGCUCGAUCUGUUAUGACUGCUGCUGCAUCUGAAAAAUUUAAAAUGAAAUCGAGAAGUAAAAUAAAUAAACUUAGUAAAAUUGGUAAAGUUGAUAAAAUUAUCGAACCGAAACAAACGAAGAAGGAUUUGAAGUGUUUUAUGCGAAAGUUAAAUAAAGAAGUACCGAAAAAACUACCUAGCAUAAGCACAUGAAUUUCUUGAAGAUUUUAUGACAGCUCAAAAAACAUGAUUGCUGUUUUGUUGUGAUGAAUACAUGCAUGUAAAAAGUUAUAGAUGAAUUUUGUAAAUAGUAUUAUUAAGAAUGCAAUUGAGAAAUUUAACCUUGCACGGUUAAGAGUAAAUUAAAUAUUGUUAUAAUAUAGCAUAGUGAUCUUAUAUUUCUUAAGUAAUAUUUAUAUACUUAGAAUUUUUUAAGAUUUCAAUUUAGAAGAUUCUAUACUAUAUGUAUAUAUGUACAAAUUUUGUAUGUGAUGGUAUAUUAUAGAAAAGAUCUUUACUAAUAAUUGUUCGUUUUUUAUUAUUUCAAAGUUUAGAAUUUAGAUUGUGAUUGUAAUUUCAAUGAUACUCGUGAUGAGUAGUGAGAAAACAAACUUUUCGAAAGUCCUUGUAUGUUCAUGAAAUUUAAAUUGUGCUUGUAACAUAUGAAACAUGUUUCGAAAAUUUGUCAAGGUUUAAUUAUUAUCUUGUUAAACCAUUUUUGGAGUACUUUUCUUGACUGAUAAAUUGGAUUAAAUUUGAAAUUCAGAGCACUUAUGUAAAAAAUUUGUACUGUUUGUAUAUUCAAUAAUUCCUAUGCCCCGUUGCAAAAGUAGAAAAUUGAAGAAAUCAUGUUAUUAAAAAAAAAUGAUAAUAAUAAAAAUUGUAUAAAUAAA